UGUCCCUCGGACACAGCGAAUCACUGAUCCACGGAAAGAGCCGAAGAUGUCGGCUCGGUCAUGUGAUCAGCUGUGUCCAAUCACACAGCUGAUCACAUGGGACAUGUACACAGAUCAUCAGAGCACUGAUGAUCAGUGUGCCCUGAUGAUCUGUGUAGCCCCAGCAGCGCCACCUGGCAGUGUCCAUCAGUGCCAGCUCUCAGUGCUCAUCCAUGCCACCUGCCAGUGCCCAUCAGUGCCACAUUUCAGUGCCCAUCUGAGCUGCCGUUCAGUGUCACCCAUCAGUGCCAGUCAGUGCCACCUAUCAGUGCUGCCAGUCAGUGCCACCUAUCAGUGCCAGUCAGUGCCGCCUAUCAGUGCCAGUCAGUGCCGCCUAUCAGUGUGCAUCGUG